GUUUUUGUUCCUGCUCCUCGGCCCUCGCACCGCGCGCCGCCGACGCCGCAUCCAUGAACGGUGACGGCAGCAAGGAGGACGCCAACAGGCGCCUCGAGUGGGCCACCUUGAACAUGGAGCGCGCCGUCGUCGUGAGCGAGACGACGAAGGGCGACGGCAAUGGCAAUGCAGGCCGGAAGGCGCCGAUAAGCAUCGUCCGGCUCUUCUUGGCCUGCAUGGUCUCCGGCGGCAUCCAGUACGGCUGGGCGCUGCAGCUCUCCCUCCUCUCGCCCUACUCUCAGACUCUUGGGAUCUCGCACAGCUACGUGUCUCUGACAUGGAUCUGCGGGCCUAUCGCCGGAUUUGUGGUGCAACCCAUCGUGGGCUACUACAGCGACCGGUGCACCUCGAAGAUGGGCCGGAGGAGGCCCUUCAUCCUCGCGGGAUGCAUCAUCAUCUGCCUCUCUGUGUUGGUGAUCGGGUUCUCGGCGGACAUCGGGCGGCGCCUCGGCGACACCAAGGAGCACUGCAGUACGUUCACCGGCUCCCGCUGGUCCGCCGCCGCCGUCUACAUUGUCGGAUUCUGGUUCCUCGACUUCGCCAACAACACGGUCCAGGGACCGGCUCGCGCGAUGAUGGCCGACCUGGCCGCUGGACAGCACGGCCCCAACGUUGGCCAGGCGAUCUUCUCCCUGUGGAUGGCCCUCGGCAGCGUGCUUGGAUACUUGUCCGGCGCCAACGCGAAAUGGCACGACUGGCUCCCUUGGCUGAAAACCGCGGCGUGCUGCGAUGCCUGCGCCAACCUCAAGGGCGCCUUCUUGACUGCGGUGGUCCUCAUUAUAAUCAGCAUGUCUGUCACCUUGUGGCUCGCCGGCGAGGAGCGGCUCGACAAGGAAAGCGUCGACACCUCCGGCGGCGCGUGCUCUGCGUUCAUGGAUCUCUUCAAGAGCCUCAAGAACCUCCCCCCUGCCAUGUUCAGCGUGCUCGCCGUCACGGCCGUCACAUGGCUCUCGUGGUUCCCCUUCUUCCAGUACAACACCGACUGGAUGGGCCGGGAGAUCUUCCACGGCGAGCCGCAGGGCUCGGGCAGCAAGGCGGACCUGUACGAAGCCGGCGUCCGCGAGGGCGCCAUCGGCCUCCUCUUCUGCUCCGUCGCGCUCGGCGUCACCUCCUUCUUCAUCCCCAGGCUGUGCCGGAAGCUCACGUCUCGGGUCGUCUGGUCCGUCAGCAGCCUGAUGGUGUUCGUCCUCAUGACGGCCAUGGUCGUCCUCGGCAUGGUCUCCAUGAAGGGCUACAGGCCCUCGCUCGCCGCCUCCCUCUCUGGCCCCGACCACUCGUUCAAGGGCGGCGCCCUCGCCAUCUUCGCGCUCAUCGGCAUCCCUCAGGCCGUGCUCUACAGCGUGCCUUGGGCCGUGGCGUCUGAGGUUGCCACCGAGGACGGCGGUGGUCAAGGUCUCACCAUUGGCGUCCUCAACAUUGCAAUCGUCCUUCCACAGCUGGUGAUCGCGCUGGGCGCAGGCCCCAUCGACGGCGCCUUCAACAAAGGAAACACCCCGGCCUUCGGCAUCGGCGCCGCCUUCGCCCUUAUCUGCGCGGUCCUGGCGCUCAUCCUCCUCCCAAAGACGAGAGGCGUCUCCAACGCCACCGUCAUGGCCGGCGGGCACUGAUCCAUCUAUCUCCAGGCAGGCUUGUCGCAGCGGCUGACCGGCUGAGAGUAGAUCAGAAAUUCAGAAUCUGCUUCUUGGUUUCAGCCCCACCCGAUUAAGGAGGUGUUUGGAUCAUCCGGAGUCCAGGUUUUAGAUGCCAAUUAAGACUAUAAUUAUAAAGCUAAUUGAUAAGCCAUGGUUAAUUCACGAGAUGAUUUUAUUAAGUCUAAUUAGUUCAUAAUUAGCACAUUUUAGUAUCGCAAAAUAUGAGCAAAUCAUGUAUUAAU